GCAAUGUGAGAUUUACCAUCUCUAGGCAACUGUCAAAAUGAAUAACAACAAAAUAUACGUAGAGUAAUAGUUUUUUAAGAAUUUAUAAUUAUUGGAAUUUGUGUAAUUAUGGAUAAACCAAGAGUUAUACAGCUCGAUAAGAGUGAUGACGAAUAUGAAGAUGCUUUAAACUAUGCAGCAAAUAGUCAGGAUGACACAGCCGAAAUUGAUGAGUUAACCAAACAACAAAGUGAGCUUCACCUAUCGAGUGUCGCAGAGGGCGAUGACAAAGAAUUUAGUGAUGGCAAUGGUUCUGUUGCAGAGGCUGGUGAUGAUGACAUGAAUGAAGGAUUUGAAGACAUGUUACGAGAAAAUGAGAAUAAUAUGACUGCCGAAGAACUGCAACAAAACAAAGAAAAAGCUGAUCAAUUAAAAUUAGAAGGUAAUGAGUUCUUCAAAAAUGGUGAUGCAGAGCGCGCCGUGGAAGUUUAUAGCGAAGCAAUAAAGCUUUGUCCUACAACAUAUACCAAAGAACGUGCUGUACUGUAUGGUAAUCGGGCUGCUGCAAAAAUUAAAUUAGAUGCGAAAAAAUCUGCAAUUGAUGAUUGCACAGCAUCUAUAAAAUUGUGGCCGGAAUAUGUGCGCGCUAUUUUAAGACGUGGUAAACUAUAUGAACUAGAGGAUAAACUUGAUGAAGCACUAGAAGACUAUAAAAAAGUUAAUGAAUUAGAUCGUAGUCAACGUGAAGCAAUAGAAGGUAUGAUGCGGUUACCACCAUUAAUACAAGAGCGCAACGAACGUAUGAAGGAAGAGAUGUUGUCUAAGCUUAAGGAUCUAGGCAAUAUGGUAUUGAAACCAUUUGGUCUCUCAACAAAUAACUUCAAAAUGCAACAGGAUCCUAAUACGGGCUCAUAUUCAGUGAAUUUCGUUCAAAAACCCAAUUAAGUUACUAAAUUUAAGUUAAUUCCUAUAUGUUUUUGAUUUAUAUUUUUUACAUAAAAUAUUAGGGCAAUAAAUAUUUUACGAUAGAAAGGAAAAGUUGUAAUAUC